UGAUAAAAAAAGAGUACUAUCAAUCAUUUUUUAAAACAAUGGCAUGUCCAUUGGUGUUAGCGAAUGCGAAGUCAACGCAUGAAGUUAAGAAGGUUAGAUCACUUGAAUUUCGUAUCUUUUCUCCUAAACAGGUGCUUGAUAUGUCCGUAUGUAAAGUGGAAAGUUUAGAAAUGUAUGGAAAUGGUGUUCCGAAAGAAGGUGGUCUCAACGAUUUACGUAUGGGCACAACCGAUUACCGCUUUAAUUGUGGAUCUUGUAAUAUGGACUGCAAACAAUGUCCAGGCCAUUUCGGACAUAUUGCUUUAGCAAAACCAAUGUAUCACAUUGGCUAUCUCCGUGUCAUUUUAUCAGCUUUGCGGUGUGUUUGUUAUAGUUGUUCGCGGCUUUUAGUUGACUUAAAUGAGGGGAAAGCAAAAGCAGCCUUAAAAGUUAAAAAUAAUAAAGUACGAUUUCAUCGUUUAGCAGAAAUAUGUCAGACGAAAAAAGUUUGCGAAGCGAGCUCCAUAGAAGAUGAAGAUGCGGGACUUGAUGGAGGUUGUGGAUGCAUUCAACCUAAAUAUAUGAAAGAUGGUAUAUCUCUUGUUAUUCAAAUGCGUCGAAAUAAUGAUAGAAAUGGUGAUAAAAAUAGUAUGAAAACGUCAAUAGGAGAAGAUACAAAAAGACCUUUACCUGCUGAAGAAGCUAUGGCAGUACUUCAACGUAUAUCUGAUCGUGAUGUACGCCUAUUAGGUUUUGAUCCACAACGGAAUCACCCUGCAUGGAUGAUUUUAUCGGUUCUUCCAGUGCCACCACCGCAAGUUCGACCAUAUGUCCAAUAUGGAUGUGAUAGAUCAGAAGAUGAUUUAAGUUUAAAACUAUUAGACAUCGUCAAAACGAAUCAACAAUUAAAAAGAUUGGAAGAAGCUGGUGCGGCUAGUCAAAUUUUACAGGAAGUAGCUUAUGUUCUUCAAUAUCAUAUAGCGACUCUUAUUAAUAAUGAUAUUCCUGGUUUACCAGUGGCGACAACGCGAGGAAAAAAACCUAUUAAAUCGUUAAGACAACGUCUUAAAGGUAAAGAUGGAAGACUUCGAGGGAAUUUGAUGGGGAAACGUGUUGAUUUUUCGGCUCGAACUGUCAUAACGGGAGAUCCUAAUCUUUCUGUAGAUCAAGUUGGCGUUCCACGAAGUGUUGCAAUGAAUUUAACGUUUCCGGAAACGGUCACACCUUUCAAUAUAAAAGAAUUAAAAAAAUUGGUCUCUAACGGUCCUUUUGAGUGGCCUGGCGCACGGUAUAUUAUUCGAUCGGAUGGCACACGUUUCGACUUGAGACACUGUCACGGUAAUCCUUCUUCUCAACAACUUGAUAUAGGAGAUCAGGUUGAAAGGCAUAUGAUGGAUAAUGAUUAUGUUUUGUUUAAUCGACAACCUUCUCUUCAUAAAAUGUCCAUCAUGGGACAUCGGACAAAAAUUUUACCUUGGUCCACUUUUCGUUUAAAUUUAUCAGUGACUUCACCUUACAAUGCUGAUUUUGAUGGGGAUGAAAUGAAUCUUCAUUUACCUCAAUCACAUGAACCUCGUGCUGAAAUUAAAUAUCUAAUGCUCGUGCCUCAACAAAUUGUAUCUCCGCAAGGAAAUCGACCUGUGAUGGGGAUUGUACAAGAUUCUCUUUUAGGCAUAGCCAAAUUUACAAAACGUGAUACUUUUUUGACCCGUGGCGAAAUCAUGAGUUUACUUGUCUGGAUUCCUUACUGGAAUGGAAUUCUUCCUUUCCCUACCAUUUUACGCCCAGAGCCUUUGUGGACGGGUAAACAAGUUAUCAGUUGUUUGUUAUGCUUUGAAUCUACUGAAGAAUCAAAUCAAGCCAAAGUCAAUUUGACGCGUGACGGAACUAUACGUUUGAAAAAUGAUUUACAAUGGUGUUCGGAAAAUGAUAGUCGUGUUAUCAUACGCGAAAACGAACAUUUAGCAGGAAUUAUUUGUAAACGUACUGUGGGUUCAUCUUCUGGUUCCCUUAUUCACGUUUUAUGGCUUGAAGUUGGUCCUGAACGCACUAAAGAUUUUUUAUCCACAUGUCAAAAAGUUAUCAAUUUAUGGUUAGAGCAAUACGGAUUCACUGUCGGGUGUGCUGAUAUUGUUUCUACAGAGAAGACUUCAGUAGAGAUUUCAGCGACAUUAAUGGAGUCUUCAGAAAAAGUGCAAGAACUUAUUGGAAUGGCUCAAAAAGGUCUUUUAGAAACUCAGCCAGGAAAAUCUCUUUUGCAAUCUUUUGAAUCUCGAGUCAAUCAAGAAUUGAAUCGAGCUCGUGAGGCGGCUGGUAAAAUUGCUGCAGAUGCUUUGGAUGAAACAAAUAAUAUCAUUGCUAUGGUUAAUGCUGGAAGUAAAGGUUCCACAAUAAAUAUAUCUCAAAUUAUGGCGUGCGUUGGUCAACAAAAUGUGGAAGGACGACGUAUUCCUUUUGGCUUUAAAGAUAGAUCUCUACCCCAUUACGUUAAACAUGAUUACGGGCCACAAGCGCGUGGAUUUGUUUUUAAUUCCUAUCUUACAGGAUUGAAUCCUCAAGAAUUAUUUUUUCACGCUAUGGGAGGAAGAGAAGGUAUUAUCGAUACAGCAUGUAAAACAUCUGAAACCGGUUACAUUCAGCGUCGCUUAAUUAAAGCUAUGGAAGAUGUUCUAGUGGCGUAUGAUCGAACAGUUCGGAGUUGUGGAGGGGAAAUCAUUCAAUUUGUGUACGGUGAAGACGGCAUGGCUGGUGAAUAUAUUGAAGACAUUUAUCUUUCCUUGAUGCAAUUGGAUUAUAAGGCUAUGGAAAAGAUGUAUAAGCAUGAUUUCACACAAGAAGAUUACGGCCAACCCUGGAUAACAAAUCCAGCGAUAAGAAAUGAGAUUCGCUUAUCGUUUCAACAUCAAAACGUUUUAGAACAAGAAUGGCAAAAUUUGUUAGCUGCUAAAGAGCGUUUAUGUUCGGAAAUAUCCACGAAUGGAGAACCUAAACAUUACCUUCCUAUUAAUGUUGCUCGACUUAUUGAAUUAGCACAACAACGAUUUGUUAAUGAACCUUUAACAAGUAUGUCUCCUAUGGAAAUUGUUAAGCAAGUUGACAAUCUUCUCGAGUCUUUGAUUGUUGUUUUGUCGACUGGGGAACAAGAUAAUAUCACAAAAGAAAUGCAAUUAAAUGCUACCAUGUUAUUACAUAUCCAUCUACGUUCGGCGUUAGCCUCAAGAAAAAUUAUGGAAUGCGAUCGUCUUGGACCUCAAGGAUUUAAUUGGCUUCUUCAUGAAAUCACACAUCAAUUUCAUAGAUCUCUUGCACAUCCUGGUGAAGUUGUUGGAGCCGUGGCAGCACAAAGUAUUGGAGAGCCGGCAACUCAAAUGACAUUAAAUACUUUUCAUUUUGCUGGUGUUGGAUCUAAAAACAUUACUUUGGGAGUUCCUCGGUUAAAGGAACUAAUAAAUGUGUCAAAAACUGUCAAAACUCCUUCUUUAACAGUGUAUUUACAACCGCAUGUCGCACAAGAUCAGGAUGCUGUCAAAUCUGUUCAAGCACAUAUUGAACACACAACUUUAGAAAAGGUUACCUCUUACGCGCAAAUUGUGUACGAUCCUAAUCCUACGGAAACUAUUAUCGAAGCGGAUAAACAAUGGGUAUCUGAAUAUUACGAGUUUCCUGAUGAUGAUGAUUCACCCUUUCAAUUAGGGCCAUGGGUUUUACGGAUUCAACUCAUUGAGCGACUUAUAACUGAUAAACAAUUGACAAUGAAGGAGAUUGGUGAAAAAAUUUGUGCUGAGUUCACUAGUAACGAAAUAGAUUGCAUUUGGACCGAUGACAAUUCAGAGGAUCUUGUUAUUCGUAUUCGUAUUAAAUUUCAAGAUGGUAGUAAAGAGCAUCGCUCCGAUGACAAGGAGGAUUCAGAAGACGAACACGGAUUUUUGCAAAGGCUUAUGUCACAAUAUUUAGCAAAUAUUACCUUACGUGGGAUUCAAGGUAUUACAAAGGUUUAUAUGCGAGAAGAAAAAAGCCAAAAGUACAAUAGUGACACGGGAACUUUUGAACCCUACACACAAUGGGUUCUCGAUACUGAUGGAUGCAAUCUUACAGCCGUGUUAUGUGUCCAAGACGUUGAUGCCACCCGUACCGUUUCUAAUGAUAUUGUUGAAGUGUUCGAUGUAUUAGGGAUUGAGGCUGUACGUCGAGCACUUUUACGAGAGCUACGCGCUGUAAUUUCGUUUGAUGGAUCAUAUGUGAAUUAUCGUCAUUUAGCCACUCUGUGUGAUGUAAUGACUCAAAAAGGACAUCUCAUGUCAAUUACAAGAAAUGGAAUUAAUCGCGUAGACAAAGGAUGUCUCUCAAAGUGUAGUUUUGAAGAAACUGUCGAAAUAUUAAUGAUGGCUGCAGCGUUUGCUGAAACAGACCAUUUAAGAGGAGUCACUGAACAUGUUAUUUUCGGGCAAUUAGCACCCUUUGGUACAGGUUUAUGUGACCUUGUGAUAGACGAGGAGAAAGUACGAUAUACUAAUCCAAAUUAUGAUACAACCAUGACUUCUGCUAUGAGUUCAAUGCAUGGGCAACAUGAAGACUGUAUCACAAGCCCUCUAAGUGAUACAAGUUGUAUGCAGCUUGCAAAUACAUCUGCACGUGCAGGUCGCCAUCAACAACCUGAGAAAAAUUUCACGGCAACACCUUUCAGUCCUACGUCACCCAUGUCACCUCUUCAUAAUGCAUCUUUUUCUUCACCUCAGCAAGAUUUUUCACGACAUGAUAAUCAGUUUUCUCCCGUACAACAAAGUCCAAUGUCACCUAUGUCCAGUUCCUACCAACCUUUAUCACUGGCAUCCUCUCCACAAAACAUUCUAACGUCACCUUUAUCGAAUCCUACAGGAUCGUUCAGUCCACAAGCAACACUUCAAUCGUACAACAUCACAAGUCCUCAUUAUUCCCCUACAUCACCAAUCUACUCACCUACGUCACCUGUUCAAACGAAAACAGCGCCUUUUUCAUAUUCUAUUACAUCCCCUAAUUAUUCACCAACGUCACCAUUCGUAGCUGCAACGAACUACUCACCUACAUCACCAGCCUAUUCACCAACCUCACCUGCAUAUUCACCAACAUCACCCGCAUAUUCGCCGACCUCUCCUUUCGCAUCUCCUCUUGCGAAUGUAUCUCGACAAGUUACGUCACCUACGUCACCGUAUUAUGGAAAAGCUACCGUCAUUUCGCCCGCUUUUUCUCCCAUGUCCCCUAUGGCAAUCCAAAGUCCGGGUGCUUAUUCCUUAACGUCACCGAAUUAUUCUCCUACAUCACCUGUUUAUCCUCUAAAUAAUUUGUCCCCUACUGUACCAUUAUCUAAUGACGUUGGUGUUGUAUCACCACGUUAUGAUACAAUACAAUUUCAUCAAUCACCAUCCUAUUCUCCAUCUUCUCCGAUGUAUUCUCCUUCUUCUCCCCUUGUAUCCAACGUGAACCAAGCUUACUCUCCCACGUCACCUUCCGCUUUUUUGCAAUCUGAUGACGUAAAAGAACAACCUUCUUUUAGGCCUGAUAGUAACAUGUAAACAUGA